CCGUCUAGAACAGUAUCUUUCAUUUAGACCUGAAAAGGACCGUACCAAAUAGCUGAUGUGAGCACGGCAGCUCUAAAUUGCCGGACAUCAAACUUUAAUCGGUAAUGGAGAGAUUAGCAAAUGCCUCCAUAUUUCGUGUAUGAUCUUCUUCCCAUAGAAAUGACCCCAACAACUUCAUAAAAUGUAUUCAUCAGAUCAGUCUAAAUGCUCUGCUGUCCACCUUCAAAAGGUUAUAAACCAGCACCAGGAUAUGUUGAUGGCAAACCCAAACAGCACCAUCAACUACACCCUGCUGAGCAACGACAAUGCCUUCCUCAGCUACCACCCACACCCCUUCACCCAGCGCACAUUGACCGCCCGCUUCCAGGUCAACAACACUCAGCCGCCUCAUGUUCAACUCAUCAGGAAGCCCGUCCUCACAGUCAUGGCCCUGCUGGCUUUGCUAGGAGAGACCCAGCUUCUGGCUCAGGUUGUGAACUCAUCAGGAGGCCACAACGGCACACUGGGAGUUCUCGCCAGUAGCCACGAACCCGUAAUGCCCGGUGGCUCAGACAGCUGGCAGGCAGCAGUGUUGGCGUACAACAGUGAGGACAACAGCACCUCUACCGUCACCGACGAUGUCACCGUCUCACUGAAAGGACUGCCUGCACAAAACGGUCUAAUGUAUGUCACAUAUUACUUGGACAAUAAUGUAACCAGCCCUUACCAGCUGUGGCAGAACAUGGGGAGCCCUGACUACCCCACAGCAGAGCAGUUCAGACGC